AUGCCGAAAAAGAAACCGUUUAGCGUCAAACAAAAGAAGAAACAGUUACAAGAUAAGCGAGAGAGGAAAAGAGGUCCACCUGAUGAACUGCGCGCCGGGUCCAACAGCCGUAGCGGCAGCAUGGAGAGGCAUCGCGAGGAGCACACAGACACCUCCUACAGCGAGUCUGUGUCCCUCCAGGUCAGGAGAAUAAACCAGCAGCCUGGCCCCCGCUGGCCUGGGGAGAGAGGCUACGACCCAAACAGGUCAGUCCUCCACUUGUUCAAGAAGCGCAGGAGGAGAAGAGGGGGCUGGGCAGGAGCAAUGGGACCGAAGCAGCUACUCAAGGCAUGUGAGGCUGUCACUGCUGGCAAAGUGGACCUGAGCAGCUGGCAGGAGAAGAUGGAGCAGGAUGCAGUGGCAGCGAACGCCAGGAGUGGGGGACUGGGUUCAGAGGGAGAGGAGGAUGAGGAGACGGUGCUAGUGGAACACCACAGUGACGUUGCAAUGGAGAUAGGAAUCCCUUCUCAGGAGCUUUUCAAAGAUGGGGUCCUUACUCUGGGCUGUGUGGGGUUCCCGAACGUUGGAAAGUCUUCUCUGAACAAUGGGUUGGUGGGCCGGAAGGUGGUGAGCGUGUCCCGGACCCCCGGUCACACCAAGUACUUCCAGACCUAUUUCCCUACCCCGACCGUCAAGCUGUGUGACUGCCCAGGACUCAUCUUCCCCUCCCUCGUCCAUAGGCAGCAACAGAUCUUGGCUGGGAUUUACCUCAUCGCUCAGAUCCAGGAGCCCUACACUUCAGUGGGGUACCUGGCAGAGAGGAUUCCCAUCCAGGAACUGCUGAAGCUAACUGAGGAGAGCCGAUUGAAGGAGCGGGAGGAGCCUCCAUGGACUGCCUGGGACAUCUGUGAAGCCUGGGUGGAAAAGAGAGGCUACAAGACGGCGAAAGCGGCAUGCAAUGACUUGUACCGGGCUGCUAACAACUUGUUGAGGCUGGCUGCGGAUGGAAGGCUGUGUCUGUGUAUGAGACCACCGGGGUACACACUGCAGAAAGCUGGAUAA